AGUGUCAACGUCUUCACUGAAAGCAGAGAUCGUAAGAGCUGUAGGUGCUCGGACUCAGAAUCCGUUAAAGACCCGGGUCUGGACCAGAGGAGCUCUCCGCGUCCUGAACUCUGAUCCCGGCUCCGUGUGAGUCCGCGGGUCCACUCCGGGUCUGGAUCCAUGGCCUGAUCUGAUCCGGAUCCUCUGCAGCUGAAGCCUCCGAGAUGCUCCCAGCUCUCUACCGCUGCACAAAAACACCGUCACCGAAACCGGCCCGGGGACUCAGCGAUGCUGUUCAGACGGAGAGCCAGGAUGUUGCGAUGGCUGGUGUGUGGUCGGCUGGGUCCGGUCUGGAUGUGGAAAGCGCUGCUGCUCUUUGUGGCGCUCGCGUUCGCCGGCCAGCUGCUGGGGGUCAUCUUCAACAAGAGCAGCGUCCAGCCGGCCGCUCGCUCUGUCUUCUCGUCCCCUGACGCUCAGGGCCCCUCUCUGGGUUCCUGUCGCCCCCACAACCAUAUCAUGUUCCUGAAGACGCACAAGACAGCCAGCAGCACUGUGCUCAACAUGCUGUACCGCUUCGGAGAGGAGCGAAACCUCCGCUUCGCUCUGCCGCUCGGCUACCAGCUGGGAUACCCGCUGCCCUUCAACGCUCAUAGGGUCAAAGGUUACCGAGGUCCCAGAGCCAUGGAGUUCCAUAUCAUGGGCAACCACAUGAGGUUCAACAAGCCAGAGGUGGAGAAGGUGAUGCCUGCGGACACCUUCUACUUCUCCAUCGUCAGGGACCCAGUGGCGCUCGCUGAGUCUUCCUUUGCUUACUACAAAGAGGUCGCUCCAGCGUUUCGGAAAGCCAAAGGUUUGGGCGACUUUGCAGACGAUCCGAGAAAAUACUACGACCCCCGUCUCCGUAACAACCACUACGCUCGCAACCUGCUGUGGUUCGACUUCGGCAUGGACCACAACGCUAACUUCUCUAUGGCGCUGGCUCAGCGAGGGAAGGCCAUGAUCCGCCGCGCCUUCAAGCUCAUACUGAUCUCCGAGUACUUCGACCAGUCCAUGAUCCUGCUCCGGCACGCCCUCUGCUGGCCACUGGACGCCGUUGUCUCGUUCAGCCUGAAUGCUCGGCAGCAGAAGCCCAACAGCAUCGGGGGGCUCGGGGGGAGCUGGAUGGGUAAAGCGGUGGCAGCGGCCGGCGUCGGAGGAAGAGUAGGACGAUUACAAGCGAAGACGCUUCCUAAUCUGUCGCUGACUGAGGAUCAGCGAGAGAAGCUGCGUCAGUGGAACGCCUUAGACUGGUACUUAUACAAAGCCUUCAACAAGACCUUCUGGGAGGACGUCGAGAAGUUCGGCCACGCCCAGAUGGAGCAGGAAGUCGCUCUCCUCAGGAUUCGGCGGGACGAUCUGGCUCGGGUUUGUCUCAGGGACGGAGGGAAGCCCGUGGAGGCGCAGAGGAUCCGAGACCGAAACAUCCGGCCUUUUCAGAGCGGAUUAGUGAAGAUUCUGGGCUAUGAGCUGCAGCCGGGGCUCGACAACGCCACCAGGACGGCGUGUCUGAGGAUGAUCCGCCCGGAGAUCCAGUACAAAGACGUGUUGGAUACUAAACAGUUCCCCCGGGCGGCUCCAGCGGUCCCAGCACAGGCGGGGCCUCCGGUUCCUCCGAUGGGGGCGGCUGGUGGAUCUUUUUUAAGACCAGACUUGUCUAGGACAGCAGAGAGGCUGGUCGGGGGGGAGGCGGGUGGGAGGACAGUGGAGGAGAGGGGGAGGGACUGGGACGGGAGCCGCUUGAAAAAGAAUAACCAGACUCAGAUGGAGGAGCGAGGACGCCUCAGAUAGUGUGGUCAUUACUGAGAGGAGGUACUUAAUGGAUCUGACAUAAUCUGAAGCUGUUACAGAAUCAACUGAACUGGAAGUCUAUAAGUUCAUUCAGAGCGCAGCAGAGAGCUCCGGCUUGGAUUUUACUUGAAACUGUAUUUUUGUUGAAUUUGUAGUGAAUCACACCGACCGUGUGACUACUUUCAGAUGUUUUUCUCUUGUACUGAAUAAAAGCAACAGUUCUUAAACUUCA